AUCAUCUCAGCCUCCCCCAUGCCGUCGUGCACGGCUGCCGGGGACUGGCGGUGGAACCCGCGCCCUACUGCUGCUGCUGCUCCGUGGGAGGGAGCAGGUGCGAGGUCACGAGCAGGGCGCCCCCUUUGCCGUUAGGCAAGGACGAGGGUCUUGGGAAUCGGGAUAUGUUCCACGCGCGUGCCCGCCCACCUUAUGAGAUUUUCCCACUCGAGGUCCUGCAGCGCCGCGAGGAGGACAGCGCGAGACACCUGUUGUCGGACCGGGAGCGCGCGCAGCCUCACACCUGCUGCAGCUGGGGGAGCCGGUGCUCGGGUUGGUGCUGGCGCCGCUGUGUGACACUGCGGAUACUACUGCUGCCAGGCAGCCGCCCCAUGUCAUGAUUAUACAGUGCCACCGCUGCCCGGGGACGCACAGACGAGAGGGGGCACCUGGUAAAGUUUGCGCGCGUCCCCGUAGCACCCCGUCCGCACCGCGGAAACAGUGUUGCUGCGUGGCCGCGCAUGGCGGCGGGAGCGCGCGUAGGCAGUCUGAGCUGGGAGGAGGAGAGUGAGGCAGGCUGCUGGAGGGAGAGUCAGUGUGCAGGAGUAGCAGCUGCGGGACGGAGCCUCCCAGUGACCGGGCAGCACCUGCCGGGAUUUGCCGUAUCUCAACUUACUCUGUCGGAUUCAACUUGUGUUCCCUCACCGGAGGAUAGCCCGGAGCUCUCCCCUGUCUCCCGGGUGAGGGCAUCAGGGGGCAUCGUUACCCGGGGACACUGGCGCAGUGUGAUACCCCGGAGCUGAGAGUGCGCUGUUAUCCCUGGACGCCAGUGCCACAGGUGCCCCCGCAGACCCCGGCCUGUCCGGGCAGUUCUCCCUCCGCGUCUUGGGAUCGGAUCUCGGGUCAUGGCAGUCAGUAGCCUCCUGGCCGUGUGUAUGCUGUGCGCGGCCACCCUCCGGACAGGUCUUGGAUUACAUACAGUUAGUGCAAUAUAUGGUGAGACAAUCGAUAUACCUUGUGGUCAAGAUAAACUUGAUGGUCUCCUCUUUUGCAAAUGGAAAUAUGAAAGGCCUGAUGGAACUGCUGUGUUUGUAGCUUCUCGAUAUGCAGGGAAAAACAAGGUCACUUAUGAUGAUGAUCCGGAUUACAAUGGUCGCCUGAACCUUUCUGAGAACUACACAUUGUCUAUCUCAAAUGCAAGGAUCAGUGAUGAAAAAAGAUUUGUAUGCAUGCGCAUAACAGCAGAAAAUGUUUUUGAAGAGCCUAAUCUAAUCAAAGUAUUCAAGCCACCUUCCAAACCUGAGAUAAUUAACCAGCCUACAUUUAUGGAGACGGGACAACUAAACAUGGUUGGAGAUUGUGUCGCUAAUGACAGCUUUCCAGAUGGCAAUAUUACAUGGUAUAGAAAUGGCCAAGUUCUUUUGCCAGUUGUUGGAGUUGUUUCUAUAGAGUGGUCAAAACAGAAAAAUGCAACAAGUGGCCUUCAUAACAUGCGUUCAACACUUCAGUACAUGUCUACAAAAGAUGACAUAAAUGCAGAGUUUUCAUGCGUUGUGACUUACUAUGUGCCAGAUGGGCUGGCAACAAUGGAAUCUGAUCCAGUUAUCUUCGAUAUUUACUACCCCACAGAGAAAGUGACAAUUCAUAUACAGUCCCCGAAAAAAACUAUAAAAGAAGGAGAUAACAUUACACUGAAAUGUAUCGGAAAUGGCAAUCCACCCCCACAAGAAUUUUUGUUUUACCUUCCAGGUCAGGAAGAAGGGUUACUUAGUUCAAGUGCCUACCAUAUAACUGACAUAAAAAGGAAUGCAACAGGGGAUUACAAAUGCUCAUUGAUAAACAAAAUAAUGAUUGCUUCAACAAUGGUUACUGUGCAUUAUUUGGAUUUGUCCUUGACGCCCAGCGGAGAUGUUACCAAACAAAUUGGAGACAGUCUUUCAGUUUCAUGCAUUCCUUCUGCUAGUAAAAAUGUCUCUGUUACAUGGAUGAAAAACCAAAAGAUUCUCACACAACCAUCAUUUACGAACCUACAAUACCGAGAUUCAGGUGUUUAUGAAUGUGAGACCAGCCUUAUGGAAGUUGAUGGUCUAAGGAGAAAAAAGAUACUCAGACUUACUAUAGAAGGAAAGCCACGGAUCAAACUGUCCAAAACAACAAAUGCUGAUGGAAAGUCAAAAACAAUCCUCUAUGAGGUAGAUGGAUUUCCAAAACCUGAAGUGCAGUGCCUCAGUUUGGGCAAUGGAGUGUACUUAAACAAAACUGAAGAGACCGCAUUAAGUAAUGGAAGAUAUUCUGCCAAAAUCAUCAUUUCCCCAGAAGAGAAUGUCACUAUAAUCUGCAGCGCUGAAAACAGAUUGGGGAAGGAAACCUUUUCUCUAAACAUCUUCGCCAUCAACAGCCCAGAGCCAAUUGAUCCUAAUGAUAGAAGUGGUGACAGUAACGACCAUGCAAAACUUAUUGUGGGAAUUGUUGUCGGCCUUCUACUAGCUGCACUGGUUGCUGGAUUAGCUUAUUGGAUAUACAUUAAGAAAUCAGGCUCUGCAUCGAAACAUGUAGGUAAAGAACUUGGUAACACAGAAGAAAACAAGAAGCUAGAAGAAAAUAAUCACAAAUUGGAAGCAUAAGAAGUAUAUGUGUAAGAAAUUACUCAAGGAAAACCAUGAUGAGCAGUUUGGAGCAUGACUGUGGAUUGUACUUAAUGGAAUAUAUACAAUGGAACUGCAAAUUUUCAUGGUCAAAGUAUUAAACAUUUGUACCAAGUUGUCACAGGAUUAUGAGGAAAACUUAUAUCUGCAAAGGAUCAACAAAAACUGUUCCAACAGCCAUGAUGAUAGCUUACCAUGUUGUGUUCUGUUAUUUUUUUAUGUAAAUGUCUGCACUGACAAUUUGUUUUGUUUGCCUUUUAUGUAAAUUUUUUUACGUAGCUAUUUUUAUACACUGUAAGGCUUUGUUCCAGGAAUUGCUGUUAAUCAGAUGUAUAGUGUAAUGUUAUUAUUUUUAUGACACUGUUUGAUGUGCAGGUACAUUUUUAAUUCUGAUUGCUAUCGGUAAAACUUAGUGAAGCUGUUACACUUAGAUGUAGAAUGACACAGUUGUUGCAUUCCACAAGGUAACAUUUUCCCAGUAUUUUCAGUAGAUUCCAACAUUACACAAUCCAUGUAUUUAAAACAUGGUUCAUAUAUCCAGAUUCAUCGCAUUACAUAAAGUAAGGCAUAUAAUCUAUAAAUAGACACACAGAAUUGCAUUCACAGCCAAUUACGUAUUUUACCGAUAGCAUUUCAGGCAAACUGAAUUUCAGAUCAUUAAUUUAAAAUUACUGGAAUCUUGAUUUUAUUUUUUUUGUUCUUUACUGCCUUACAAAAAGCAAAGUUUCAGAAAAAGAAAUGCUUAUAUGGUACAAGUGUUCAUUGAAAAACAGAAUUUUAUUCAUUAUGUCCAAAAGCUGGUUAUUGAAGGAUCCACCUAACUUAUAGUUAAUAAUAAUUUCUUUCAUGAUGGGUAUUAGUCAUUUUUUAUUUCAUAUUUAAUUGCUUUUCUUUUUUUUUUCUUCAUGACCUGGUUAUAUUUUUAGGAUAAACUGAAUGAAUGCCAUUGUCUUGUUGCCAGGCUUAAGCUUUAAAAGUCGCUCUUAAUUUCUGUAUCAUGAGGUUGUACAUCUCCAGCAAAACCGCUUUUUGCACGUUUUACAUACUUAUUAUUUGUGGUGUUCACAUUUUAGUUGCGUGAUGCAGAUCAAAUUUAAACUGUUAGCCAUAUCAUAAAAAGAAUAGCAAGUAUUACACAGAUCAGUGCUCCUGUAUUAAUCUUGGUUUUCUGUAUGUUUCGAAAAUUGGGAUUGCUGCUGUAAAAAUAAUAGCAUUGAGCAGUUUGCUGGCUCAUGACUGUUUAUGAUGUACAGAUGGAUCUCAUUAAUUUUCAGACAUGUGGCGCUUGGCCCAAGCCCAUCGAUGUGCAACACAUUCACAAACACAUUUUAUUGUGUGGGAGGAGUUAAUGCGCCACAACACAUUCCAUUUUUUACACACUGUCAUGUGUGACCUAGCGCCUGUCUUAAAGUAAAACAUGGUCCAUCUGUAGACUAAAAGUUUGACAACUCAGUCCACUUGUAGAUUAAUGCUCAGCUCUAUAACUACUGUAAUGCUUGUGGCAUCUGGAUCGCAGCGCUUUUCAUGAUUGAAGGUGGUCAUUUUGCCGUUACAAUUUUGUUUUAAUUGUAUUUAACACUACAGUUUAUGAAUGCACCUUCACAUGAUCUUGUGAAAACCAGUACAUAAUUUAUCAACCAAUCUCUAAAACAAUAAAAUGUCAAAGUAUUUUUUGUUACAUUUUAAAUUUGUAACUUUAUAAAAAAAAAAACAAUUUGACUCUUUGAUGCGUGUAAACAUGGUAUUGUAAAUGGACAGCAACGAAUGCAUUGAAUAUCACAAGAUGUAUUUGAUCCUCUGUAAACUAGAAACAUGUUUUCAGAGACUGUACAUAUAAAGUGUAUUUACUACAAAA